AUGGCCGGACAGAUUCCACAGCAGCAAUGGGCGAUGGUCAUCGAGAAGACCGGUGGACCAGUCGAGUACAAGCAGAUUCCAGUCCAGCAGCCAGGUCCAGACGAGGUCCUUGUUAACAUCAAGUUUUCCGGCGUGUGCCACACUGACCUCCACGCCGUCAACGGUGACUGGCCACUCCCAACAAAGCUUCCACUCGUUGGUGGACACGAAGGUGCCGGUGUUAUCGUUGCCAAGGGCAACCUCGUCCAUGAUAUCGAGAUUGGCGACCACGCCGGUGUGAAGUGGAUCAACGGCUCUUGCCUCCAGUGCGAUUUCUGCCAGCAGUCCGACGAGCCUCUUUGCGCAAAGGCCCUCCUCUCUGGUUACACCGUCGAUGGAUCAUUCCAGCAAUACUGUAUCGCCAAGGCUGCACACGUGGCCCGCCUUCACAAGGACAUCCCACUCGAUGCCGUCUCUCCAGUGCUUUGCGCCGGUAUCACCGUCUACAAGGGCUUGAAGGAGUCUGGUGCCAAGCCAGGCCAGACUGUCGCCAUUGUCGGUGCUGGUGGAGGUCUCGGUUCCCUCGCUCAGCAGUACGCCAAGGCCAUGGGUCUUCGCACCAUCGCCAUUGACAGCGGCGACGAGAAGAAGAAGAUGUGCUUGGAGCAGCUCGGCUCAUACGCUUUCGUUGACUUCGCCACCAGCCAGAAUGUCGUCAAGGAUGUGCAAGCCGCGACUGAAGACGGUCUUGGCCCACACGCCGUCAUUCUCGUUGCCGUGAACGAGAAGCCGUUCCAGCAAGCCGCUGAGUACGUCCGCCCACGUGGUACCGUCGUCUGCAUUGGUCUGCCAGCCGGUGCAUACCUCAAGGCUCCAGUCUUCGAGUCCGUCAUCAAGAUGGUGAACAUCCGUGGAUCGUACGUCGGCAACCGCAAGGACUCCGCUGAGGCUCUUGAGUUCUUCCGCCGUGGUAUGAUCAAGGCCCCAUUCAAGACUGUCGGUCUUUCUGAGCUCCAGAUGGUUUACGACCUGAUGCACAAGGGACAAAUCGCUGGCCGAUACGUCGUUGACACCAGCAGAUAG